GCGAGGCGCGUUUUUCGAAGUCAACGUUGUCUGGCUUGUUGCGAUUUUCAUAGUGAAAUGAACGUUUAAAAAUGGGGUAAAUCUUCAGUUUUUCGUGCUCAGAUAUCGACAUUGCCUCUGCAGAAUAUUGAGAAAAUGCCUCCUGUAAAGAAAAAGAAAAAAACCAAGGCUAAACACGUUGAGGAACAAGAGGACACAGAAUCUUCAGAAUCAGGAAAACUCAGUGAAACACAUGAAGUUGCACAACACCUUUCAAGAACAAGACUGGAUAAAGAAAAUACAUGUACCCCAAGCAAGUCAAAGUGUUUGAUUCAGAAAAGAGAUGGAGACCCAUAUGAUGCAGAUUCUGAACCUGAGACUGGUGUUUUAACAUCUAUGAUUGUUGACCAGAACAUUCCUUUAGAAAGACAACUUCAGCAGUCUGGCUUGCUGUCAUUACGUGGAGAACAUUCUACACCAAACCUGCAGCCAAACAGAGGCCUCUACAGUUCAUGUUAUGGGUUUGAUGAAUUGGCUUCGCCUUUGCAAUUUUCCCCUGUAGGAGAACCUAUGAUGGCAUCUCAGUAUGUUCCUGGUUCCCCUGGGUCUGUUUCACUCACAUCAUCUGUAACCUCUAUAUCACCUGCAAAGAGGAAAGCUGAUCUUAGGGUGUUUGAUGUGCCAAUUGAAAAACCUAGUAAGAAGAUGAAGAAGAGGAAAACAACCAAAAUUUUGGAUACAGAAGAUGAGGACUGGGUUGCUGAAAUAAAGUCACAGUUUGAGGAAGUUGAAAUGCUUGAUCUCGUAGUUGACUAGUCCAGCAAUGACCAACCUCAUGGCAUUAGUAUCCAAUCUACAUGUACAUCAUUUAACACUCAUGGAUUCUUGUUCAUGUCACAUGCAUUCCUUUUUUUCCCUUGAUUUUGAAGUACACUGUAUCCUACAUGCAUGGACUACUUUGAAAACUGUGCAGAGUUUGUUUUGUUUUGUUUUUUGUUUACUGCUACACAACAAAAAAUGACAACGUGUUCAUUUUAUAUCUAUUUAUUAAUGAGUUGUAACUAUUUGUCAGGUGUGCUUUUAUCAAUAAAAAUCAGCCUCUCCCAGUUUAGUAGAUAUCAAUAAGUUAUAUGUAAUAUUAAUAUAAAAUCAUAUUUUAUAUUUAACUACAGUCAGGUAUAUGUUGACUGUAGACUGAGACAGAUGCCUCUCAGCUACCUCUUAAGCUAGCUACCUGUGGAUGCCUUGAGUAGCUUAUAUUUUUAUAAGCUUGUAUUUUCAUGCCCUUCAUUUUCUCUCAUAUCCCAUUUAAAAUGCUGUUGCUACCUUUUAUCUACUGGUGUUAAAAUAAGGCAUUUUUAAAGAUUGAAACAGGAGUAGCAAUUUCCAGAGUCCUUACUCUUAAUUCUGCAGAACUGGAGAUGGUUAUUAUCAAGGUCAGUUUAUGAAAAAUUGAAAUCAUUCAAAGCAACAUUGAUUUUUACAGUAGUGGGCUUCACCAGGAUAUAGCAAUGAAAAUUCUAUAGUCUCAAUAGCUAUGGCUUGUGACAUGUAUCAAUUAUUAUAUGAAAGCAAGUUGAAUUACAGUUCUUCACCAAGCUCUUAUUUUAGGGUAUUGUUUGUAAAACUUCAUAGAAGGAAAAAUAAAAAUAAUAAAGUAUUAAUUCAGUUAUUUACUGUAGUUGUUUAUCAGCCCAACCCCCAGCCCGGAGGACCAGGGGAUCACUCUUCCUAUGGUUUCUACCCUUUGACCUGUUCGGCAUGGGUAACCCUACCAGUAGUACUAGAUUCCAGCUGACAGCUCCAGGGGUCACCGAGACACAAACCAUGCCACAACGGGGUGGACUCCCAUAUAAAAACAGCGGGGUUGCUCGUCGUACCCUUAAGGGGUUAAUGCGGUUUUGGUACCUCUUAGGGUGUCCAGCCUCAAACGGUCCUCAUCGGAAGCUUUUGCGGUACUUUUUAGGGUAUUGAGCCAAAAAAAUAUUAAAUAAUGGUAUAUAAUAUGUGUUGUGUUUGAAUAAAAUUAUUGGUACCGUUUGGGGGGUGAAAAAAAUAUCAAGCCACACCCACAAAACAGGAUCUUGGUGCCUCUUAGGGGUUCCUAAUUUCCGACAAGCAACCCCAUCCCUUUUUAUAUGGGAUUCCCACCCCCACCCCCUUAUCCCCAGAGUGGUGAGCCCUUAGGACCAAUGGAUUGCGCCAAAAAAAAAAGUAACUUUGUUCAUUGUAACUUGUAUUUCACUCGUGGUUGUAGCUUAUUGUGAACGUCAAAAAGCUAUGAACACUUUAAUUUGAUUUUAACAUGUCGGUUACAUGUGGCCACCAAUACAUUGCGAGAUAAAAUCGCAGUUUACAAGAUCAAAUGCUCCGACUGCCAGGCUUCCUACAUUGGUGAGACUGGCAGAAACCU